AUGGCCGCCGCUCACACCCUGCUCCUCCUUCCCCUGCUCCUGGCCUCGGCCUGACCAGUGCCGGCGGACCUGAAGAACGCCGACGGGAACAAGAUCUGUGCCCAGCUAUACACCGACAACAGUCCCUACUAUGCCCAGUGCUGCGGGGGCAGCGUGCUGCAGGUUCAGCCCAGUGACGACGUACUAAUACCCUUUGGCUGGAACAACAAGGUCUCCUCCCUGGUGGUGGUGCCGCAGUGCGAGCUCAGCAUCUGGUCCAGGAUGGGCAAGGAAGGCUACAGCCGCAAGUUCAAUGGCGGGGUGGUAAAUCGGCUGCAGGAGAUCAAGAAGGGGCUCCUGGGGGACUGGGACAACUCCAUCUCCGCCUACUACUGCAAGUGCAACUGA